AGAAUAGUCAAUUUUGGGAGGCAGAGUGAGACUACAACAAAAAGAGAAAUUAACAAACCUGAACCCAAGCUUGAGACUCGACAGAGAUCAGUUAGUGAGUGACUGUCUGAGAUCGGAGAUGGUGAAGUCUUCAGAAAUCGUCGGAAAGCUCAACCUCAGGGCUCACCAAGAGGGAGGCUUUUUCUCUGAAACUUUCAGAGAUUCUUCUGUUCUCCUCUCCACCUCUCAGCUCCCUCCAACCUUUAAGGUUGACAGAGCAGUGAGCACAAGCAUCUACUUCUUGCUUCCAUCUGGGAGUGUUUCUCGUCUUCAUCGCAUACCAAUGGCUGAAACCUGGCACUUCUAUUUGGGUGAACCCCUUACUGUAGUGGAACUUUACGAUGAUGGAAAGUUGAAAUUCACAUGUCUUGGUCCUGACUUGAUAGAAGGUGAUCAGAAGCCUCAGUACACGGUCCCUCCAAACGUCUGGUUUGGUUCGUUUCCUACAAAGGAUGUUUCUUUUUCUCAAGAUGGGACUCUGCUUAAGGCCGAGCCUAGAGACAUUGAGAACCAUUUCUCUCUUGUUGGGUGCACAUGCUCUCCCGCUUUCCAGUUUGAGGACUUUGAGCUUGCGAAACGGUCUGACCUCUUGUCGCAAUUUCCUCAACACGAGUCACUGAUCACAAUGCUAUCUUACCCAGAGUGAAAGGUCUUAGAGAGAGGCCUUAAUUAAUGGCUCAAUGGUUUUUGGUAACUACUAUAAGAAGAUACUAUGUCGAUUGUUACUUCAAAUCCUUUCAUGUUUAAGAAUCAUACAAGGUUGUAAUUGUACUUUUGAGUUCAUUUUUGAACUCUGUACCUUUGGUUUUUCUGAAAUGUGAUUGAUCAAAUAA